GCUCCGUGGACGGCCAUGCUGAUGCCCCCUCUGCUCUCUCUGCCCUCAGGGUCGUGGACACAGCCGGUGGCAGUGCCGUGUGGUGAGUGCCCACCGAAGAGCCCGGCCUGUUCCGAAGCAUUGACCCGCUGCAGGAGGAAAUGGAGUAUGAACGGAGAGGUGGCCGCGGGGACCGGACGGGCCGAUAUGGUGCUGCUGACCGGUCCCAGGACGACGGCGUGGACGGGCGGACCCAGCGAGACCACGACUACCGGGACAUGGAUUACCGCUCGUACCCCCGCGACUUCAGCAGCCAUGAGGCCGCUAACGAGUACGACUCAUCCGAGGAGCAGAGCGCCGAGGAUUCCUACGAGGCCUCCUCGGGGUCAGAGACUCAACGCAAGCGGGACAGCCCCACCGAGCACCUGGGCUACCCCGGCGACGGGGACUACCGUGACCAGGACUACCGGCCCGAGCCAGAGGAGGAGCAGAAGGCCAGCAGCAUCGUCAUGCUGAGAAUGCUGCCCCAGUCCGCCUCCGAGAACGACAUCCGGGCCCAGCUGCAGGCGCACGGGAUCCAGCCCCGCGAGGUGCGGCUGAUGCGGAACAAAGCCUCAGGUCAGAGCCGCGGCUUCGCCUUCGUCGAGUUUAAUCACUUGCAGGACGCUACCCGAUGGAUGGAAGCCAAUCAGGUUGCUUUGCCGCACUUGACCCCCACAAGUACUGCUCCUGUUACCGCCCGACCCACAAGCCUGGGCCUGCUCCAGCCCCCCAGGGAGAGCAUCACCCCCCACCCCCUUAGGGACUCACUAGGGCUUAGAGCCAGGACGCCUGGGUUCUCUCCCUGGCUCUGGGAGGGGAGUGGGGCCAGGUCUCCUGGGUUCUCUCCCUGGCUCUGGGAGGGGAGGGCGGUGGGGGUCUGGGCCCAUCUCACCCCAUCUGCCCCCCCCCAGGAGGCAGCCCAGCUCCUGCAGAUCCUGCAGGCCUUGCACCCGCCGCUGCACAUUGACGGCAAGACCAUCAACGUGGAGUUUGCCAAGGGCUCCAAGCGGGACAUGGGCUCCUCCGACAGUAACCGCAUCAGCGCCGCCUCCGUCGCCAGCACUGCUAUCGCUGCGGCCCAGUGGGCCAUCUCCCAGGCAUCACAGGGCAGUGAGGGGGCCUGGGCGGCCUCGGAGGAGCAGCCGGCCGACUACGCCUACUACCAGCAGGAGGAGGCCUACGGCGCGGAGCCGGCGCUCUACUCCCAUGCCUACCUGAAGGGCUCUCCGGCCCAGCCCGGCGCCAACGGGGAGGCCGCAGCCACAGUCGCGGAGCCGUCCCUGGAGCCUGGCGUGCCGGGCGUCGACUCGCUGCCCGUCCUGCAGAGCUUCCCCCACGCCGCCCAGACCACCGCCGUGCCCGUCGUGUACCAGCCGCCCGGCGGAGCCGAGACUGCGGGCACCGCCCAGGGCACCGCUGCCACUGCCCAGAGCCAGCCCUACACCAUUGUGUCCCCGGCCGUGCUGAAGCCCGAGACGCCGAGCCCAGCCCAGCCGAGCGGCGCCGCCCUCCCUGCGCCCAGCACCGGCCUGCCCCUGCCCACCCCCACGCUGCAGGAGCCCUACGGCCAGUACCCUGUCCCAGACGUAUCCACCUACCAGUACGACGAAACCUCCGGCUAUUACUACGACCCGCUGACCGGUCUCUAUUAUGACCCCAACUCCCAGUACUACUACAACGCACAGAGCCAGCAGUAUCUGUACUGGGACGGCGAGCGCAGGACCUAUGUGCCGGCCUCCGACCAGGGCGCCGACGCCCACAAGGACGGCUCUGGGGGCAGCGGCAAGGAGGGCAAGGAGAAGAAGGAGAAACACAAGACCAAAACAGCUCAGCAGAUCGCCAAGGACAUGGAGCGCUGGGCCCGCAGCCUCAACAAACAGAAGGAGAAUUUCAAGAACAGCUUCCAGCCGAUCAGCUCGCUGCGGGAGGACGAGCGGCGCGAGUCGGCCACGGCCGACGCCGGCUACGCCAUCCUGGAGAAGAAGGGGGCGCUGGCAGAGAGGCAGCACACGCCCAUGGACCUGUCCAAGCUGGCCAGCGAUGACAGGCUGAGCCCGCCGCGGGGGCUGGUGGCCGCGUACAGCGGGGAGAGCGACAGCGAGGAGGAGCCGGAGCGGGCAUCCGACCGGGAGGAGAAGCUCACGGACUGGCACAAAUUGGCCUGUCUGCUCUGCCGCCGGCAGUUCCCCAGCAAGGAGGCGCUGAUCCGCCACCAGCAGCUCUCCGGGCUGCACAAGCAAAACCUGGAGAUUCACCGCCGCGCCCACCUGUCUGAGCAGGAGCUGGAGGCGCUGGAGAAGAACGACAUGGAGAUGAAGUACCGGGACCGCGCGGCCGAGCGCAGGGAGAAGUACGGCGUCCCCGAGCCCCCGGAGCCCAAGAAGCGGAAGUACUCAGCUGUGAUGCCCGCCACUGUAGACUUUGAGCAGCCGACGCGGGACGGGCUGGGCAGCGAUAACAUUGGGAGCCGCAUGCUGCAGGCCAUGGGCUGGAAGGAGGGCAGCGGCCUGGGCCGCAAGAAGCAAGGCAUCGUCACCCCCAUUGAGGCGCAGACCCGAGUGCGCGGCUCCGGCCUGGGUGCCCGUGGCAGCUCCUACGGCGUCUCGGCCGCCGAGUCGUACCGCGAGACGCUGCACAAGACCAUGCUGACCCGCUUCAACGAGGCUGAGUGAGGCCCCACCCCUCGAGACUUCCCCUGCAGGGGGCACCAUGAACUUUUUUUUAAUUAAAGGAGAAAAAUGAC